AUGUGUACUUCAUUUUUACUACUAAUAUUCGCUCUUCUUCUCCGUGCUUCGAAUGUGCGUUUUGGACCAAAGCAUAUAAGCGAACCAUCGUCUCCUUUCUAUGACACUGUUCGCUAUAUUCACGUAGCAUUGAUAUAUGAUUGUGCUCGUCGUGAUUUUACCAUUGAAAUGGUAAACUACGUUGCACCAACAUCUUUCAAAGCCAACUGGGCAACUCUCGCACAAAGCGCUCUGCAAAUCAGUCAAUGUCACAACACAUCACACUCUCUUCAUCCAUCAUCACCACUACUACUACCAACAUCUGCAUCGACGAGCACCAACAAACUCAAAACAUCCUGUCAUCACUCCAUCUUUGUUCACCAUUCACAAGGAAACGAUGCUUUCCACGGUUCAUUUCAGCAACCCAUGAAAACCAUCCAAGCUGCACUCCAUCGAGCCCGUCUUCGUCGUCAAAACACUCAAACAACACUUUGGAUCAUCAUUCGAGCUGGCACCUACUAUCUCGGUACCAACGCCUCUGAAUCAACAACUUCCAGCCAACGAGGUGUCAUUGCACUGACGAGUAACGACAGUAACAUCGUUAUUGAAAACUAUGNGACGAACAUGUUGAUCUCGUCGAAUCUGUUUCGUGAGACAGGUAUCUAUGUGAAACAGUCGUCGCCGGUGUUGAUCUCAGUGAGUCGAAGUGUGCGAGUAGUGGACAAUGUGAUGUUCAACGGUGUUCGAGAAACAAGUGAUCAUGGCCCAAUCAACACGUGGGAUCGUCAAGUGUAUUUAUCAGAUGGUGCAGAAGCAGGUGUACCUUCCGUUUGGCAGCAUACAAGCUAUAUUCAUCACAACCUUCUCUAUAACAACUAUAAUUCUUUUUAUCCAAUCGAUCACGAUGACGGUAGUUGCUUUUACGAAGACAGUUAUAAUUUUCAAAUUUAUGGUGGAAAGAAAAAUUACUUAGGUCAUUCAAAGAUUGAUUAUCACGAGAUUUAUGUCUAUUCGGAUUGUAGUAGUAGUGGUGGUUUUGGUAGCAAUAACUGUCUGAACAAUUAUGGUGCUCAACGUGGGUCUAGCGGUUGGAAUGAAACUUGGAUUCAAAACACGUGCCUACUCUUCAACAGCACAAUACCUUACAACCUUGAUGGCUGCGAUACUGCCAGCCUCUAUGUGCCAUAUACAGCAUCGAACAAGAUUUAUGUACCAUCAACGACUGAAGUCACUUUCAUUUGUAAAGUUAAUGGUACUCGUGCACAACUUAAUUUGCAACAAUGGCAGUCGUAUGGAUUAGAUCUAGGCACUACUGUUGAAUUCACACCCGACGUGCAAACAAUUAUUGAAUGGGGUCGUCAGAUGUUACAAGGGCAAAAACGUUUUCAAAAUGAAAAUUAA